AUGGUCGGUUACAUGCUGUCAAGAAGAGAUAGCAAACAAAUCCCUUCACCUCAAUCACCUUGCAAAUACGGAGAUUUGAACAUAAUAGGAAGAGGUAAUUUUGGAGAUGUUUAUCGAGCAACCAAUUUGACCGCAAGAAGAAUUGAAUUUGUAGCAAUCAAGGUGAUUAAUAUGGAUAAUUCAGGGGAUGAUAUAAAACAAACCGUCAAGGAGAUACAGUUUUUGAACAGAUUGAGAAACCCCAAUGUAGUCAAGUACUACGAAAGUUUCACCCAUGGAGUGAAUGUGUUUAUUGUUAUGGAAUACUGUGGUGGAGGUUCAUGUUCUGACUUGAUUAAACUUCACAAGAAGAUUCCAGAGAAUGUUGUCGGGUACAUUAUAAAGAAGGUUUUGGCAGGGUUGGAAUAUCUACACGGAGAACACAAGGUCCAUCGUGAUAUCAAAUCUGCCAACAUUUUGCUCACAGAGGAUGGUCAAGUAAAAAUUGGAGAUUUUGGUGUAAGCACUGAUAUUACAUUGUCAAACAAGAAAAGAAAUACUUUUGUUGGAACACCAUUUUGGAUGGCGCCAGAGGUAAUAACUAGAGGUGGAUCGAGAGCAGGAGCCAAGACAAACGAGGGAUAUGACUACAAAGCCGAUAUAUGGUCCACUGGAAUCACUGUUAUAGAGCUAGUCACUGGUGCGCCACCAUUGGCGGAGUAUGAUCCUAUGAAGGUGUUGUUCGAUAUUCCCAAAAAGAAGCCUCCGCAAUUGAAGGGGAAUUACGGUGAUGAUAUCAAGGAGUUCGUCAAAUAUUGCGUGACGUCAGACCCCGACAAAAGACCAAACUGUUCCAAACUAUUGCAACAUAAUUUUAUGACUAGAUUACAAGGAAAUAUAAGACAAGAAUUGGUUCAGAUGAUUAGAAAGAAAAGCUCACCUGUUAAGAGGAAGAUCUUUUCUAACCCGCGCCACAAGCUAAAUUGUGAUUUAGUUGAAAAUAUCGAUCAUGAGACUGCUGGAAGCGAAAACAGGUGUGACAUAGAGUGGGAAUUUACUCGAACAUUACAUAUGCAGUUAAACAAUAUGACACCUAAUUCGUCUAAAGUUGAAGAGGUUGAAAGCACACCAGUUGAUAAUGGUGGCGAUGAAAGCUUGUAUUCUAAUGUGACUUCUUUGUGCGUGGCUAAUAUGGAGGCUGCUUCCCGUCAGCAACCGGAUAAAGCCUCACUAUUGUUUUACGGCUUACGUCAAGUUCUUGAAAGGGGCAAAGAUGAAGAGACGCGACGUGGGGUUGAACGGGUUAUUGAUGCAAUACACCACUUUGAGUUGAAGCAUCCAGGGUUGUGUCAUGCGUUGGUUGAAGAAAUCGAGCGUGCCAUCAAGAGAUGA